CCCAGAAUUGGUUCCUCCAAUAAGAGCAAAACCGUCCCACCAUUUGGUGUCGGCUUCACACUAGCCGCAGAACUUCCCCAGAUUUAGAACCGCCACCCAAAUUCUGCGAUCGCGAUACCGCAGCCCCUCAAUUAUUUUCACAUCUUCAACUCUCGCCUUGCUUCUCUGCUCUCUUUUCUCCAUAUCUUCACACAUCACCACCACCUUCGCCAUGCCUCGAAAAUUCUCAAUCCCAACCUCCUCCUCCAACCUCUCCCUCUCCUCCUCGCCAACCGGCACUCCCAUCACACCGACCUUCAGCUCCACGCCGUCAGGCCUCUCAUUCGCAACUUCGGCACCAACAACUCCCUCUCCCUUUCCACGCCUCGAUCUCCCCUCUUCAAUAUGCGAUCCCUCGAUACCGUUCCCUCGCCUCAUCGUCUUCGAUCUCGACUACACGCUCUGGUCGUUUUGGGUCGAUACACAUGUCACGCCUCCGCUGAAGAUCAACCCUGCGCAUACCGGCGCAACAGACCGCACGGGCGAGGAAUUCGAGUUCUACAGCGACGUUCCCGAGAUCCUCGCCGUUUUGCCAUAUCUCAACCAUCCCAACAAGAUCAAGCUGGGCGUCGCAUCGCGCACCAGCGCCCCUGCUUUAGCCCGCGAACUGCUCAAGGGAAUCCACAUCCCACCUACGGCGUCGUUUGCAGAGGAUGACGGCAAUAACAAGAAGGCGGCGGGGAGGAAGAAGGUUUCGAUCGAUGUGUUUGACGGUGGACUGGAGAUAUACCCGGGGAGCAAAAUCAAGCACUUUGAGGCCCUGCAGAAGCGGACGGGGAUCCGGUUUGAGGAUAUGCUGUUUUUCGAUGACGAGCCGAGGAAUAGGGAGACGGAGAGGUUGGGACUGACGAUGAAGCUGGUCCCGGAUGGCGUGUCGUGGGAGGAGAUUGGCAAGGGGAUCGAGCUGUGGAGGAGCAGAAGGUUUCCGCAACAACAAAGGCAUAAAGAUGGAGAACAGGCAUAGACGACAGCAUACAGGUAGAGACUUUGUUUUUUUUUUUUUUUUUUUUU